AUGUUGUUCUAUUUGCAAAGUACAGACCCAAACGAAUACGGGACAGUAAAGCUACAAACAAACUUAGGUCUUCAGAAUGAAGCACUUGCUUUCAGAGUUGUUGACUUCAAUACUAUCGCAACUUUUGUCAUAACAGAUGAAACAGAUUUCAUAGAGAUUGAAAUAGAUGACAAAAGAAGUUUUAUAACAUUUCCUAACAGAGCCGAGUAUAGAAUAGAUAAAAUUGCUGGAGUCAUAGAUACUCUCAUAAAUGAAGAAACUAUUGACAACAUAGAUGUCGAACUCUCUUCUGAGGGAACAUUGAAGUUCAGUUAUGCGAAGGAGUUUAAGAUAACACGAAUGAGUCAUAGAGUUCAACUUCUUUUAGGAGCAUAUCAUAUGCAACUACCUUUGAAAAGUGUUAGUGGAGUUAUUGAGAUGAAAUCUGUUCCAUACGUAUGUUAUGGCAAUUGUUUAUACAUUGAGUCUAAAAUAGCUAAUGUCACAGGCAUUUCAGGAGUUAAUAGUAAAGGUUCAGUAGAGUAUAAAUCUUUCUGUUAUGAACCCUUACAAUUUGAAAGAUAUGCAAUUCAGACUAGUUGA